ACCGCGGUGCACGCUGGGAGUUGUAGUCCCUGGCUCGUUCCGCGCGUCACGUUAGUGGAGACGCCGGUAUCUCGGUGUCUGCGGCCCGUGGGGGCGGGGCCGGCCCGGCCCGCUCCCCGCACUCGGAGCCAUGGCCGGCGCCGGCAGGAAGAAGCAGGUUCGCUUCGCCCGGCCGGAGGCGGAGGACACGCGGCGGGGCGGCGAGGGGCCGGCGGCGGAGCAGAGUCUCCUCCCGGAGCCCGCGCCGCGGCCUGAGGUGAUCGUAGCCGGCGGCGGCGGCGGCGGCAGGAGCCGGGGCGGGGAGGGAGCGGCGCUGCUGCUGCGAUGGUGCAUCUCCGGGGUGCUGUGCUCCGCCUUCCUGGGCCUGGGUAUGAGCAUUGCUAUCCUGGGACCUACAUUUCAAGAUUUGGCUGCAAAUGUGAAUAAAAAUGUCAGUGAUAUUUACUACAUUUUCGUGGGUCGUUCUCUGGGGUACCUUGGUGGUUCAGUGAUUGGAGGGAUUAUCUUUGACUGCAUGAACCCUCAUCUCCUCUUGGGGUUAACCAUGUUGGGAACAGCAGUUGGUCUUUAUGCCAUACCAUGGUGUAAGAAAGCGCUAUUGUUAACUGCCCUGAUGUCAGUCAUUGGCACUUCCAUGGGUGUUCUAGACACAGGUGGAAAUGUCCUUGCAUUGAAUGUAUGGAGAGCAGAGGUUGGACCACAUAUGCAGGCCUUACACUUCAGUUUUGCACUGGGUGCCUUUGUGGCCCCAAUCCUGACAAAAAUGGCAUUGGGCAGCUUCAUAUCUCCUAAAGUCCAAACAGAAGAUGAAAAUACAAACCAUUCUGUUCUGAGUGAUAUACCUAACACACGGUCUGGAUCAGCAAUGAAACUGCAUUCUAAUGUGAGCUUUAUGUGGUCCUACAUUGUCAUAGGGACCUAUAUUUUGAUAGUUUCUAUGUUGUUUGUUGUUCUGUAUUCAAGGACCGGCUCAGCACGAGAUAAAGCAAAAGCUUCUCUGCAGAAAUGCCAAAUUGCCAAAUACCACUAUGCCCUUCUCAUUCUCCUUUUCCUUUUCUUCUUUUGCUAUGUAGGAGCAGAGGUCACCUAUGGCUCUUACAUUUUCAAUUAUGCAGAGGUUUAUGCAGACAUGAAAGAAAGUGAAGCAGCUGGUUUGAACUCCCUUUUUUGGGGAGCAUUUGCAGCUUGCAGAGGACUGGCCAUCUGUUUUGCUACCUGUUUCUACCCUGGUACUAUGAUUCUGCUGAGUGUCAUAGGUUCCACUGUCUCUUCUCUGUUCCUGGCACUGUUGAGUAAGCAUCCAAUUUCGCUCUGGGUUGGGACAGCAGUGUAUGGUGCUUCAAUGGCUACCAUCUUUCCCAGUGGCAUUUCCUGGAUUGAACAGUACACCACCAUACAAGGAAAGUCUGCUUCUCUCUUUGUAGUUGGUGCUGCCUUGGGGGAGAUGUGCUUUCCAGCAGUAGUUGGGUUUCUUGAAGGAAAACUUCACAAUGUCCCUGUGAUGAUGUAUGCUGCAUUGGGAACAUCUGUAAUGACAGCAGUACUAUUUCCUGUGAUGUAUAAAUUAGCCACUUCUCCCAGUGAGAGUAAGUUAAAAGAUGGUGGUGGGAGCGAAGACCAGAAAGCUUUGUUGUCCAACUUUGAACUUAAUGAAGAUGAGGAAGAUGAAGAGGAUGCAGGAGAAUGGAAUGAAGCAGACUUCGAAGUAAUUGAAAUGAAUGAUACAGUGAGAAACUCUGUGGUAGAGACAUCUCAAAAGAUCCCAGGGGAAUCCCCAGCUAAAGUGUCCAUGCAGCCACAUUCAAAUAUAUUUAGUUCUUCUCCAGUGAUUGCUCUUAGCUCCCCAGGGAGAAAGCAAUUCAAUACAGACAGAGAGAAGAAUGAUUAAAGUAAAAUCUAGACUGCUUACUUGAAAUGACUGCCUGGCUUCUGUAAGGUAAUAAACAAUCAAAUUAGCUGUGAUUCAGAAUUUUAAUAGUGGUACAAAGCCAAGUGUUUCCACCUCUGUGCUUGCCAAAUCCCAGUUUAUGCUUAUUCAUUUUAGUCUGCAACCAUGCAUCCUGGAGUGAAAAAGAAUGUGCAUGUUGGACAUAGUAAAGAGGGAGUCCAUGGUAAUAUGAUCAGGUGUUGUCAUGGAACUAAAAGCAAUUUAGACUAAACGUAUGGGAAACAUUUCUUAAAUGUGAGGCUCUAAACAAUUUCUCAAAGAAAGUGGUGGGCACCCUAAUGUAACUUAAAGUGAUACUGGUCAGAGUAUUUUAACCAUAUUUUUAGAACUAUCCUGCAUUGGCAGGAAUAGACCAGGACACACUGCGAUCUUAAUUGAUCACCCUCAUACAAAUCAGAGAAGAACCUUCAACUUCUUGAAUCUAGUGAAGGGGAUAUUUCCAUGGCACUUAAAGUCUAGUAUGUAACAUAAACCAUGACAUUACUGGUAAGUUAAACAACAAGGUAUCGGUUGUGUCCUUGUCCUUUUGGGAAAGUGGAAAAGUUGAUAGCUCAACAGCUUUAGUUAAUGGAUGUAUUGUUGACCUUGACUGGGAAUUUCCUGGUUUUGUCAUUUUUAUGUAAUGUUGUUUAAACAUAGAUUUCUGUGUUGAGUUGAUUUUAAAUCAUGGAAACAUCAAAUGUGUUACACUGGAAUAAAAUAUUUAUUUAGGGAGGUUUUUAAAAAUGUGUGUUAUGUACUCUUUCCAAGGUUGCUUUGAAGAAUAAAACGAUUUGUCACACA